UUUGCUGUGGCCGCGCGAGCAGCCGUUGGAGGGCCGGGCGCAAGGAGAGGAGGCUUGUGCGCAUGCGCGCCGAGAAGGCUCUUCUGAGGGGUGGUUGGAGGCGUCUCCAUGAGCCGGCGCUGCGCCGCUGCCGCCGCCUCCGUCCUGAGGGGCCUCGUCGGCUCCGCCGUCCUCUGCGUGGCGCGGAGCACGGCCAGCAUGAGCCUGCGGGGGAAGGCGCCGGCGGGCUGCCUUUCGGGGCCUUCCUCCUCUUCCUCGACGCCUCCUCAGGUGAAGCUCCCCUGGCUGCGCCUGCCGGAAGUGCCGGGCGCCGAGCCCGCCAAGGCCAACGACGUGCUGCUGCUCCUGCCCGCCGACGGGCCCCUCAACGCGCCUCAGCAUCACGUCGUCUACUUCUCCGGGGACGUGCAGAACUAUCACGAAAUUAUGAUUUGUCAUCCAGAAAAUUUCCAGUGGGAACAGUGGUGCUUAGAAAACAUUGCUGCUAUUCUUGGCCGUCGUUUCCCUGGCAGUUACAUCUGGGUUAUAAAAUGUUCCCGUAUGCAUUUGCACAAAUUUAGCUGCUAUGAUAAUUUUGUGUCAAGUAAUAUGUUUGGAGCACCUGAGCACAACACUGACUUUGGAGCCUUCGUACACCUUCAUGCAUUGUUACUUAAUGCAUUUAAACUUGCUCAAAAUAUUUUGCUGUCUCAAAAAAGUAUGCAUGAUUUCCCCAAGGAUACUAAGCCAACUUCCUGUGAAUUACCUCCUAUGGCUACGACUAAUGGAUGUUCAAGAGGAGAAAGGGAGAGAGACUGUGAAUACUUGGGCUCUUCUUCUCUGGACUUUAUUGAACCUUCUGUUGUUGGCGGAACUUCAUUCACUUUAAUCGGCUUCAGUAAAGGUUGUGUUGUCUUGAAUCAAUUACUUCAUGAACUAAAGGAGGCAGAAAAGGACAAGGAGAUUUGUGCCUUCAUAAAAAAUAUAAAAGCAAUCUACUGGUUGGAUGGUGGUCAUUCAGGAGGAAGCAAUACUUGGGUGACAUAUCCGGAUGUGCUGAAAGACUUUGCACAGACUGGAAUUACAGUCAAUGCUCAUGUCACACCAUAUCAGGUGUUCGAUACAAUGCGAGCGUGGAUUGGGAAGGAGCACAAGAAAUUUGUACAAAUCCUUCAUGAACUUGGUGUAAAUGUAAACAGCAAACUUCAUUUUGCCAAUGAAGCACCUUCCCUAGAAAACCAUUUCAGAGUUCAUGAAGUAUUCUGACACUAUAAUUAUAUCAAAAUACGGAAGUAGAUAAAUAUGUCUUUAACAAUGUGAGCAUUUGCUUUCUCCUAAGUCAUGGAAAGUAAAAUACUUCAAUGUGUGCUAAUGUUCCCUUUUUCAAGCACACCUUGAUUAAAACCCAGGCUAACUUUAGUUUUGAAUUGGAGAGCCACAAAAGAAAUCCAUGGCUUCAAGAUAAAUUGUCUUGUUCAAAUCAAGACAGCAAGAUGUCUAAGGAAAAUCAACACUGAUUUGCCAGAAACUACUUUGUUGAUGUUUGGUUUACUUACAUGGAUUUUUGUGGCUAGAGUUUUCAAGUCCAGACUCCAGAAUUCAUAUAUGAUGAUUCAGGAUCAUUUCAUGUGUCAAGCAUUUAUGAAUGAUUCAUCUUUUUAUUUAGAAGUCUUUACUUAAAAUCUAUGGACAAAGUACUUUGCCCUGCAUUUCUAAUGCUGGGGCUUGGGUCCCUGUAGCAGUUUGGCGUAUCACAAGCAAUGCAUAAGUUACUUAUUUUAAGGCAGUCUUGAGUCUUCAAUGUAUCAAAUAUGUGACUUUCCUUGUGAAUUAAGGUGCACUACUGUCACACUGUUCACAUUCUGCAGUUUCUAACCAUAGUUGGAACAUCUGCUAGUGAAUGAGGUGGGAGAUUUUUGAGACGUUUAGGGACCACUAAAUAUCUGUUGUUGUUUUUUGUGUGACCAAGAAUGUAGAAUGAUGUUCCAAGUUUAACAUUCCCUAUCAGUUCUAUAACUUGACUUAAUUCAUAAUAUAUUUUUGAACUUUAAUAUAUUGAGAAUUAUUAUAUCAAUUUCAAAAACUAUGGCAACUUAGGUUCUGUUGAAAAUUGUGUUGCAGGUACAUAUGGGAUCUUAACAUUGUAAACAGUGGUGAGUGUUAGAAUAGGGUGUUUAGCAUAAGCUGCUGAAAAACUACAGCAGUGAUUUACUCUCUGGCAACAAAAGAACACAUAGAAUAGAAACCACUGUAUAAUCCAUAAAAUCUGUUUGGUUAAGAAUUGAGAACAGUCACUAAAGUUAGUGUAGCAGCAUUCAGUAAAAUGACUGAACAAUAUCUUUACAAAUUGUUUGAAAGUCAGCGUUUGCUAAGCAAUGUAUUCUGUGAAAUAGGAGUUAUCAGUAUAUACUAUGAGUCUAAAUUUCUUCGCAAUUGCUGCUUUAUUUUUGAUCUCUGAAAGCUUACAUGAAUAAUAUUAAUAUGGUAGAUUGACAGUAAUCAGUCUGAAGCCGGUUUCUCGACUAAAAGUCACCACCUCAUGAAAUUAAUCAUUAUAACUUGCAUCAAAUAAUAUCUUAAAGUCUGCAUAAGUGUUCUAUGUUUCAGAGUGAAAGUAUGUUCAGCUUUCAAUUUAACAGACUCAUUGCAUUUCUGAUCACAAGUAAGCUAUAGCCAAAUUGUAGCAUUUCAGCUUCAGAGGAAAAAGAGAGAAGUAAGUUAGAUACUAAAUGUAAAACAUGUUUUGCCUGUCCAGGAUGGACAUUAGUUCCUAUUUAGUGGCUCUUUGCAUGCAUUGGAGAGAUUGCACAUUGAUUCUUCUGACUUAUUCUCUUCAGUUCAAGGGUACGUGUAAGUGGAGGUGCAUAUAGAAGUAAAAGGAGAAACCAGCAUACAUGGCUUUCCAUUCAUCAAUCCAUGGAUUGGGGAUUAUGGAACAGAAUACGAGGAUGCUCAUACAUUCCUGUUAAUGUUGUUACUUUGAGUUGCAUGUGGAUGGGAAGCUAGGGGGGGGAUUUGGAUUUAUUUUUAUGUCUGUUUUGGAAUUCUUAAAAUAAUUUAAAAGUUUCCAGAUUAUUUGGGGAGACUUAAUUAUGAACCUUGUGACCAAAAACUAGGGUCCUGACAGAGUCACUUGAAAGCAGAAGCCAAAAGUGGUUUGGAACUAUUUUUGCCUGAGAAAAAAAUUAAGUUCCUAGGAAUGAGUGGGAGCUUGUAUCUGUGCGAUGACAGAAUGGCCCUCUCCUCUCUUGAGUCCUUAUUGACUCCAACUUUGUCAUGGAAAGUAAGACAGAUUUUGUGGAAAAUAUAUGAGAGCUUGGAGAGAUCACUAUACUGUAUGUUGCCCAAUAUCUGUUCAAGGUUAGAAAGUUGGGGUUCUGUGCCAAUAUAUGAGGUUUUCGGUGUGGCAUAAAACUGCUGCUGGACUUUGAAAGCUGUUUUUCUAAAUAAGCACUUUGGGGGUUGUUUGUAUGUUUGUUUGUUGCAAUAGGUAGUUUAAAGUGGUUGUUUUUUCCCCUACCAGGUAAGCUAGCUUCUUAUUUGUUGUUUCUUGAAAUUAUUCAUGUGCUCUUGGGCUCGGCUUCUUUUCAUUUCAACAUCUGCAAAAUAUGCUGAAAAUGUUAUAAGGAAAAUCACUAUAACUGUAGAUGAAAUGCAAAUUGUUCCAUAAUAAAUUGUUGACAUUGGGCAGAUUGAUACUGGA